CUGCGGCAUGUGACAUAACCGAAAGCGAGAAAAACCAAAACAAAACAAACACGCAUUGGUAGCGGCCGCAAUCGGUUCGCAAUUUACCAUCCUUACCUCACAGUGCACAAUCCAAAGAGAUGGCUUUAGUUCUGUUGCGAAGAGUCCGCAUCACAUCGGCUCCUUUCCUUGGUCUGCAACAUUGCCAGCGAUGUUUUAGUGCUCGGUUGUCGGAAAAUGUCAGCAGCGACCAUGGUACCGAACAAACGAACACGGCUAGCAGCGAUACAGAGCGACUAGUGAAGGUGGCCAUCAUCGGAUUGCCCAAUGCAGGCAAAAGUACCCUCAUCAAUCGACUCAUAGAUCACCGAGUUUGUCCAGUUUCUGCAAAGGUUCACACGACGCGAAAAGCAUCGAAAGCUAUCCACAGCAAGUCCAACUCACAGGCGAUACUUUUCGACACACCGGGGCUAGUGGGCAGCCGGGAGAUGAAGAAACACCAGCUCGACCCACACUUUGUGUCCGCCUGCCGGCAUGCCAUCCAACACUCGAGCCUUAUCGGUGUCGUGCACGAUGUGUCGAACUCCUGGACACGCCACGCGCUCAAUCCGGUGUUGUUGCGUGUGCUGGAAGAGUACGCUCACAUACCGAGCUUCUUAAUAUUGAACAAAAUCGAUACGUUAAAAUCGAAGCGCAUCCUGCUGGACAUCGUCCGCAACCUGACAUGCAAUCGGCUCGAAAGCAUUCGAAACUAUGGCCCACUCGUUCGGCGAAGGAAGAAUAAGGAGAUUUCCAGGGAAAAAGGAUCCCCCACCACCGUGGUUGAGGCUAAGGAGGGCACACCCGUGGAAGGGUGGCCAAAUUUUACGGAAAUAUUUAUGGUCUCUGCUAUGACGGGCGAUGGGUUGCGUGAGGUGAUGGCAUUCAUACACGCCAACUCGAAGCAGCAACCGUGGGAACAUUUGCCGGAAGAGCACACGGACCAAACGCCCGAACAGCUGAUCGUACAGAGCGUCCGUGCCCGGUUGCUCGACUUCAUGCCGCAAGAGAUCCCGUACCUGCUGCAGACCGAGCUCGAGUACUAUGAGGUGGUCGGUGGGAAGAUACUUACCAGCGCCAUCGUCACCUGCCCGAACGAUCGGAUAGCACGGCUGGUGUGCGGAGAGUCGAACGGAAAGCUGCGUCAAAUCAAUGAGCAGGUAACGUCGGAUUUGAUCGAAACGUUCGGCAUGCCCGUACUGCUCACGAUAACGACGCGCGUUCGCAGCAAGGAAACGAAAUCAUAAGCCGUGUUGUGGUUUGUGGUUUUCUCUUGCGACCAAAGGGAUUUUGGAAACGGAGUGAUUGCCGGUAAUGAUUCUAUGGGUCUGAAGAUUUAAAGUACCCCCUAAAAAAGAUAUGCACCGAAUGGAAACAGCAUUGCGGCAUUGUUUCGAAUAAAUCAAUAAAACCACCAACAAAAUUACAUAUAGAGUAGAAGGUUAUCUAA